UGUGGCUCGUCCACUCUUGAUGACACCUUUCAUCUGGAUUGCGGGGUUGGGGUGAAGAAGUCUGAAGGGACCGAAGCCCUCGCUCUCAUGAGGCACCUGCCUCUUUAUUUUCUCCGCUCACAGUGUAGAUGCCAACGAGGCUUAAUCUCUAAAAAGACGUACUUGGGGCUCCAGUCUGUAUGGAAACUUCUGUCUCCUAAUUAGAGGCCGAUACAGUUUUGCUGUUCUGCAGUUAUGGAGCUGAGUGAUGCCAAUUUGCAGACUUUGACGGAAUACUUAAAGAAGACGCUGGAUCCUGAUCCUGCCAUAAGGCGCCCUGCGGAAAAAUUCCUUGAAUCAGUUGAAGGAAACCAGAAUUAUCCAUUGCUGCUAUUAACACUCCUGGAGAAGUCGCAAGAUAAUGUCAUCAAAGUUUGUGCAUCUGUCACAUUUAAGAACUACAUUAAAAGGAACUGGAGAAUUAUUGAAGACGAACCCAACAAAAUAUGCGAAGCUGACAGAAUAGCCAUUAAGGCUAACAUAGUGCAUCUGAUGCUCAGCAGUCCAGAACAAAUUCAGAAACAGUUAAGUGAUGCUAUUAGCAUAAUUGGUAGGGAAGAUUUUCCUCAGAAGUGGCCUGACCUGCUGACAGAAAUGGUGAAUCGCUUUCAGAGUGGAGACUUCCAUGUUAUUAAUGGAGUCCUUCGCACUGCACACUCUUUAUUUAAAAGGUAUCGUCAUGAAUUUAAAUCAAACGAACUGUGGACAGAGAUCAAACUUGUCCUUGAUGCCUUUGCACUACCAUUGACAAAUCUCUUUAAGGCCACAAUUGAGCUUUGCAGUACUCAUGCAAAUGAUGCCAGUGCUCUGAAAGUUCUUUUCUCCUCUCUAAUUCUGAUUGCUAAGUUGUUCUAUAGUUUAAAUUUCCAAGACCUUCCUGAAUUUUUUGAAGAUAACAUGGAAACGUGGAUGAUGAAUUUUCAUAACCUUUUAACUUUAGAUAACAAACUCUUACAGACAGAUGAUGAAGAGGAAGCGGGUCUACUAGAGCUUCUGAAAUCCCAAAUUUGUGACAACGCAGCUUUGUAUGCCCAAAAAUAUGAUGAAGAAUUUCAACCUUAUCUGCCCCGUUUUGUUACAGCCAUCUGGAAUUUAUUAGUCACAACAGGUCAAGAAGUUAAGUAUGAUUUGUUGGUAAGCAACGCUAUCCAGUUUCUGGCCUCAGUUUGCGAGAGACCCCAUUAUAAACACCUGUUUGAAGACCAGAAUACACUGACAAGUAUUUGUGAGAAAGUGAUUGUGCCCAACAUGGAAUUCAGAGCUGCUGAUGAAGAAGCUUUUGAAGAUAAUUCUGAAGAAUAUAUUCGAAGAGAUCUGGAAGGAUCUGAUAUUGAUACCAGACGCAGAGCAGCCUGUGAUCUUGUAAGGGGUCUCUGCAAGUUUUUUGAAGGACCUGUGACAGGGAUCUUCUCUGGUUAUGUUAGCUCGAUGCUACAAGAAUAUGCAAAAAACCCAUCUGUCAACUGGAAGCACAAAGAUGCUGCUAUUUACCUUGUAACAUCUUUGGCAUCAAAAGCUCAGACACAAAAGCAUGGAAUAACACAAGCCAAUGAACUUGUAAAUCUGACAGAAUUCUUCGUGAAUCACAUUUUACCAGACCUAAAGUCGCCUAAUGUGAAUGAAUUUCCUGUGCUUAAGGCUGAUGGUAUCAAGUACAUCAUGAUUUUCAGGAACCAAGUACCUAAAGAACAACUUUUGGUGUCUAUUCCUCUCCUAAUCAAUCAUCUUCAGGCAGAAAGUAUUGUAGUCCAUACUUAUGCAGCUCAUGCCCUUGAAAGAUUAUUUACAAUGAAAGGGUCUAGCAAUACUACAUUAAUUACAGCUGCAGAAAUGGCACCAUAUGUAGAAAUGCUUCUCACAAACCUUUUCAAAGCUCUGACACUUCCGGGGUCAUCCGAAAAUGAAUAUAUUAUGAAAGCUAUCAUGAGAAGCUUUUCUCUGCUGCAGGAAGCCAUAAUUCCCUAUAUCCCUUCUCUCAUCACGCAACUCACACAGAAACUGCUUGCCGUCAGUAAGAAUCCAAGCAAGCCUCACUUUAAUCAUUACAUGUUUGAAUCAAUUUGCUUAUCAAUAAGGAUAACUUGCAAAGCAAAUCCCACUGCUGUUGGAAGCUUUGAAGAGGCUUUGUUUAUGGUGUUCACUGAGAUUCUGCAGAACGAUGUGCAAGAAUUCAUUCCAUAUGUGUUUCAAGUGAUGUCUCUACUUCUGGAGAUGCAUAAAAAUGAUAUCCCAACCUCUUACAUGGCCUUAUUUCCACACCUGCUUCAGCCAGUCUUGUGGGAGAGGUCAGGAAAUAUCCCUCCUCUGGUGCGACUCCUUCAGGCCUAUUUAGAGAGAGGUGCCGGUACAAUAGCAAAUGCUGCAGCUGACAAAAUUCCUGGAUUACUAGGUGUGUUCCAGAAACUUAUUGCCUCUAAGCUUAAUGACCAUCAAGGAUUCUAUCUCCUCAACAGUAUUAUAGAGCAUAUGCCUCCUGAAUCCAUUGAUCAGUACAGAAAACAGAUUUUCAUACUGCUAUUCCAAAGGCUUCAGAAUUCCAAAACAACAAAAUUUAUUAAAAGUUUCUUAGUGUUUAUCAACUUGUACUGUGUAAAAUACGGAGCAAUAGCACUUCAAGAAAUAUUUGACAGUAUACAGCCAAAGAUGUUUGGAAUGGUUCUGGAGAAAAUAAUAAUACCAGAAAUCCAGAAAGUGUCUGGACAAGUAGAAAAGAAAAUUUGUGCGGUUGGCAUCACAAAAAUACUCACAGAAUGCCCUCCAAUGAUGGACACAGAGUACACAAAGCUGUGGACUCCACUCCUUCAGGCCCUUAUUGGUCUCUUUGAAUUGCCUGAAGAUGACACCCUUCCUGAUGAAGAGCACUUCAUUGACAUAGAAGACACUCCCGGAUACCAAACUGCAUUCUCCCAGCUUGCAUUUGCUGGGAAAAAAGAACAUGAUCCAGUGGGCCAAAUUGUCAACAAUCCUAAAAUCCAUCUUGCACAGUCGCUUCAUAAAUUAUCGACUGCAUGUCCAGGCAGGGUUCCUUCAAUGCUGAGUACUAGCCUGAAUGCAGAAGCAUUGCAGUUUCUUCAAGGAUACUUACAAGCUGCAAGCGUAACAUUGCUCUGACCUUAUUUCGGGAAAUAAAAUUUCAAAGUUGUGUCAAAAGACUGUCUUCUAGGCAAAGCUUGGACAAGAUGAAGCAAGUUGCUGUUUCAAAAACUCAUCACUGAAUUGUUGCUUGAAUUGAGCUGAAAGAUAUUUCGUUCAUAUGAUCAUAGAUAAAGCAGCGGGUGACUUUCCCAUUCCCAGUUUGCUUUCAAAGGGAAUAGUAAUAGGAGUUUAUAAUUUUGGAUUGAUUCAAGUUCCACAUCUGCAGUGUUUGGGUAACAUUUUAAAAUGUAUAGAGCACUGGCUGCAAACUCAUGUUGUGUCACUAAAAUUCCUUUUUCAGUUUGUCAUUUGUAUUUCUUUUGUGUCUUUAAAGUUUAUCUGAAUUGUGAAUAAAUAAGCUCUUGUUUAAA